UACCAACAACGGACACACACACACACACACACACACAUAUAUAUAUAUGCAUGUAUAGCUUGUGACAUGAUAUAAGUCUUUCUUCUGCAUCUUCGAAAUGGCUCUUCUUCAAACUCCUUCCCACCUGGCUCCCAUAAUGCUACUAAUGGGUGCGGCAAUAAUAGCUAGCCUCCAGCUGACAGCAGACGCACAGAUUGGAGUUUGCUAUGGAAUGCUUGGCGACAGAUUGCCGUCCAGACAAGAAGUUGUGGAUCUCUACAAGCAGAAGGGGAUCCGAAGGAUGAGACUCUACGAUCCAGACCCAGCUGCUCUUCAAGCCCUCGGAGGCUCCAACAUUGAGCUCAUCGUCGGCAUUCUCAACGACAACCUCCAACGUAUUGCUUCCAGUCAAGCCAAUGCCAACGCUUGGGUCCAGAACAAUCUCAAAAACCAUCCCAACGUCAACUUCAAAUACGUCGCCGUCGGGAAUGAAGUCAGUCCCGUCAACGGUGCGGCCCAGUACGCGUCCUUCGUUUUGCCGGCGAUGCAGAACGUGCAGACUGCAGUGUCUGCUGCCGGACUCGCUGGCAAAAUAAAGGUUACCACCGCUGUGGAGAUGGGACUCCUCGGCGUGUCCAGCCCUCCGUCAAAGGGAGUCUUUCGGGCCGACGUUCGAAAGUUUCUCGAUCCCAUCAUCGGCUUCUUAGUGAACAACAAGGCUCCUUUGCUUGUCAAUAUCUACCCCUACUUCGCUUACGCAGACAAUGCAGGUAUAGACCUCAAUUUUGCUCUUUUUACGUCUCCCGCACCUGUAGUCCACGACAAUCCACAUCAGUACCAGAAUCUGUUCGAUGCGAUGCUCGAAGCCUUCUACUCGGCGCUUGGAAACGCCGGCGGUUCUUCCUUGAAGAUUGUCGUGUCAGAGAGCGGAUGGCCUACCGCCGGCGGAAAAAGCACUACCAUUGACAACGCAAGAACCUACAAUUCCAAGUUGAUAGAGCAUGUCAAGGGAGGAACACCUAGAAGGCCCGGCCCCAUAGAAACUUACAUAUUUGCCAUGUUCGAUGAGAACCAAAAAAAGGGGGCCGAAGUGGAGAGGCACUGGGGUCUCUUCUCUCCAAACAAGCAACCUAAAUACCCGAUUACUUUCAGUUAGAAGCCCCAGCUCAGGUGUAAUAUGUACCAAGCCAAUAAGUGUUCUCCUCUGUACCCCAGGAGACAUGGCGAAUAAGUGUUGCCUGCAGUCCCAACAAAAAGGCAACUACUAAAACAUGUCUACCUAUUCCUGUCCUAAUAAAGAAUCAAUAAUCUAAGUAAUAUCAUUUCCUUUGGCA